CAUUCCCAGAAAAUAAAAAUACACAUAAAAACUUGGAUGUUUUUUGGGAAGAUAAUCAAUGAUAUCCAAAGGGAGCAUAAUAAGACCACACAAAAUUCAAGAAAAAAAAAAAGAUAACAUAAACGAGAACAAAAAAAAGAACAUGUAAAUUGACGACGAAUGAACGAGUUCAAAUACAAUAGAAUACCCGACCCGACCCGAAAACUCAGGAAGCGGGGCACUGGAACCCUUCGGGGGGAAUCUUGCCACAGUCGUUGACCAGGACUUGGAGGGCAAUGGGCAGAAUUAUAUUAAUGUUCAAAAGCUUGGCUCUAAUGGUGGUGCAGAGGCAUAUUCCGGCGUCCACUCCGGCCAGCCCGUUCAGCGCCGGGCAACACGCGUCCUUUGCCCCGCCCUGCCCUAUUCCGAUGUGCACCAGCCCGCCCAGCAAGUCCACGCACGCGCCCAGCUUCAGCGCGUCUAUCGGGCACGUCGGCUGCUUCGCCGGCGGCGGACACGGCGGCUCUUGGACAGGUGGGUUUGGCAGAGUGUAGGGUGGCGUCACCACCGGCGGCAGCGGCGGCUUGACGGCCGGUGGAGUCGGUGGCGGAGUGAUGAUCACCGGCGGCGGCGGGUUUGGGGCCGCGUAGGGUGGCGUCACUGCUGGCGGCGGAGGGUUAACG